AUGGAAGAAAUGAAAAGAGUCUUGAAAGAAACAGUUGAUCGUCUAUUUCAAGAAAUGAACGGAAGAUUCGUACGGUUGAAUGAAAUCGAUGAAAAAUUUGGAUUCCUUCUCGAUCUCAAAGGUCUGAUUUAUGACGAAAAAGACUACGAUCUCAAAAAAAAAUGCAACGAGCUAGGUCAAUUCUACGUAAGUGAUAUUGAUGGAAAUGAACUUGACGAAUGA